AUGUCGUCCAACAAGCAUGCCAAUGGCCACAGCCCAUUUCCCCAGAAGCUGAAGAAUUUCUUCCGAAUAAAUAGCCUGGGUAGCAACGAUGAGAAGAAGGAAGGUUCCAUGAAAUCCGAGAGCAAGAGCUCGUUCCGACAAUCCAAAUUCUUUCCUGGUUCCGGUCGAAAUCGAUCGACUACCGUGGCAAGUGAAGGUAAUGCGUUGGAUGAUGGUGUCAGCCCUACAGCUCAUGCCAAUCCAUACUUCGUACACCAGGGUCCGCCAGCCUUACGACAUCACAAUGAAGGAUCAGUUCCCCCGAGUCCGCCCGAUACCCCGACCUUGAAGGUAGAGGCUGUUUCAGGAGCCAACGACCAAGCUACAAUUGCAUCAAAGGAGGAGUUAGCACGGAAAUUGAGGAGAGUAGCUAGUGCACCGAAUGCACAAGGCUUGUUCUCGAAAGGAAAGGGAAGCGGUGAUAGACCUGCCACUGCUGAGCUUGGUAAGGAGCCUUUGGCACUGGCACAAAAUGCAAGCACCAGCAUGCUCUCGUUGGUGGAUGCAAAGACGAAUGGUGGCACGUUAGGUAUACCAGCACAGGAUGGCCUGGGAGCUUUGCAACCACCGAAUCUGCGAAAUGUGAUGGCAUUCAGGAGAACAUACAGCUCGAAUUCCAUCAAAGUACGAAAUGUUGAAGUUGGUCCAGGAAGCUUUGACAAGAUCAAGCUGAUUGGGAAGGGAGAUGUUGGAAAGGUGUAUUUAGUACGAGAGAAGAAGAGCAGCAGGCUCUACGCUAUGAAGGUAUUGAGCAAAAAGGAGAUGAUCAAGAGAAACAAGAUCAAGAGGGCCUUGGCAGAGCAGGAAAUCCUGGCCACGAGCAACCACCCCUUCAUCGUCACAUUAUACCAUUCUUUCCAAUCGGAGGACCACCUUUACUUGUGCAUGGAAUAUUGCAGUGGUGGAGAGUUCUUCCGAGCUCUACAGACGAGACCCGGAAAGUGUAUACCCGAAGAUGAUGCUAGAUUCUACGCAGCAGAAGUCACCGCAGCUCUUGAGUACCUCCAUCUGAUGGGUUUCAUCUAUAGAGAUUUGAAGCCAGAGAAUAUUCUACUUCACCAAUCAGGGCACAUUAUGUUAUCAGAUUUCGAUUUGUCGAAGCAGUCUGAUCCUGGUGGAAAGCCAACUAUGAUUCUCGGGCGAAAUGGUGCAAAUACCAAUUCAUUACCUACCAUCGAUACGAAAUCGUGUAUAGCGAAUUUUCGGACAAACUCAUUUGUGGGCACGGAGGAGUACAUUGCGCCUGAAGUCAUCAAGGGCUGCGGACACACUAGUGCCGUGGAUUGGUGGACUUUGGGCAUAUUGAUUUAUGAGAUGUUGUUCGGUACCACCCCUUUCAAGGGCAAGAACAGGAAUGCUACAUUUGCCAACAUUCUGAGGGAUGAUGUACCAUUUCCAGAGCAUUCUGGGUCACCGCAAAUCUCCAAUCUCUGCAAGUCUUUGAUUCGAAAACUCCUCAUCAAGGACGAGAACCGACGACUUGGAGCUAGAGCUGGAGCAUCUGAUGUGAAGGGUCACCCAUUCUUCCGCACAACACAGUGGGCUCUGAUCAGACAUAUGAAGCCACCGAUGAUCCCACACCAAGGACGAGGUAUCGACACCGUAAACUUCAGAAAUGUGAAGGAGAGCGAGAGUGUCGAUAUCAGUGGAAGCAGAGCUCUCCCAUUACCUAAGGGUGUCCCACUUGACUCUGGCCUGGCCACGCCUGCUGGCGAAGUUGUAGAUCCAUUUGAAGAGUUCAAUUCGGUCACCCUGCAUCAUGACGGAGAAGAACAUCAAACAGAAGACCAAAACAACGGUCGUUACGACAAUUGA